AUGUGGAUUUAUAGCGGUUCGCUAAGAAUAAUAGGCGGCUCAAAAGUUCCUCCUGGAUUUGCAAGAUAUCAUGCUUCGCUCCAAACUUUGACAGGAUACCACGUUUGUGGAGGUGCUGUGAUAUCUCGAAGGCAUUUAGUUACUGCGGCGCACUGUGUUAUUGGAGCUGAAAAAGAACAUAUAAAAGUUGUGGUUGGCACGACUGAUUUAGAUUAUGGAGGAUUGGAUUACAAUGUCGAAUUAAUUCAUAUACAUGAAAAAUACAAUAUCAGUCUCAAAUUAAAUGAUAUUGCCAUUUUAAGAAUUAAAGGGUUGUUCGAUUUGGAUAAAGUUAUACGACUUGAAUAUAAAGAAUUGAAUGAACAUGAUACUGUAAUUUUAUCUGGUUUUGGAGCAAAAGAGCCUAAUGGAGAAUCUAGCAGAAGAAUGUAUGCUAUAAAUCUAACGGUUUUGAACCAAGAAACUUGUAAAUAUGCAAUGCGUCACACGAGAGAAGUCUUCGAUAGCAUGCUAUGUACAUUUACUAGGAUUGGCCAAGGUGGAUGCCAUGGAGACUCAGGUGGACCCUUGACCAGAAACUAUAAACUGGUUGGAAUAGUCUCUUGGGGAAUUCCAUGUGCAGUUGGUUUUCCAGAUGUCCACACGAGAAUAUCGUCACAUGUGUCGUGGAUAAAUAAUAUUAUUUAUCCACAACACAUAGUAGGGAAGGAUAUUUGUUUAUAUAAUUUGACAAUGACUUGA